GUGCUUUUUGGGUCCUUUCCUAUUGCCCACUGCCGCGACCCCUAUUCUGUGGUGCGCUACCUGGCAGAGCGCACCUUGCCGCGUGUGCAGGACGCGCUGCGCCUCAAGCUGCCUGUCAAUGAGGACGGAGAGGACGGCGGCGGCCCCUCCGGCCCCGCCGGCGCUGGCGCGGGGGCGGGCCGCGGGGGCGGCGGCGAGGGCGAGGGCGGGGACGGUUGGUCGCCGGUGGCGCUCUGUGAGGCGCUGGCCGGGCGCCAUAACUGGCGCUCGCGGCGCGGCGGGCGGCCGGACUUGUACCGGGCUGCUAAUUGGCUGCUGAGGGGCGCGCUCGCGGGCAGGCCGGGGCUGGUGCUGGGCUUCCUGCCGCCGGAGGGGGAGUGA